AUGGAGAAAAAGAACGAAAAUAUGAUAGGAAGAAAGAGGUUUACUGUGGAAGUGGAUGAAACCCUGCUUGCCAGGAGAAAGAAUCAUUCUGGAAAAAUGUUGGGGCAGCAGUGGUGCUUCGGUGGUAUCUGCAGGGAAACUAAGGAGUGUUUCGUGGAGCCUGUAGCAGAUAGAACUUCAGAAACGUUGAUGAAGGUGCUGAAAAGAAGGGUUCACCCAGAAACCUUCAUAAUUUCUGAUAUGUAG